GGAACUCCCUCUCUUUUUUCAUUUCAAAGUUUUCAAUUUUUAUUGCUGUGCCAGAGCAUAGUUCAGAUCGGGCAAAAGCACAUAAAUUCGGAUCACAGCUGCAUGAAGAAAUCUGCAGUUUAUUAACAGUCAACAUGAUAGAUAAAGAACAAUUUCUGAAGAGGCACUGGGAUGAAAUAAUACAAAAGACCAGAAAUCCAAUUCAGCUGGCCGAUACUCUGCGGGCAAAACGCUACAUAAGUGAAGAAAUGUUCGAGAACAUCAACAAUAAGAAAACAAAACAAGACAAAAUGCGUGAAGUUUAUUCCAACCUGAAUUCCAAUAAGCACUUUGACUGCAUAUAUGAUUGCUUGAUGAAGCAUGAUUCAUAUCUGCUGAAAGAACUGGAACAGAGAGUCAUCGAGGCUGACGCACCACAAAAUAAAAGAGCCAGGCUCGAGGGUGAGGACGAAACAGACAAUAAUCUUACACAACCUUCUGGUAAAACGUCUGACAUCAAGGAGCUUCACGUCGAAACAGUGAAGCGUGGAGAAGAUGUAACUAUAGAGUGUAACCUCAGCAUGAUCAAAGACAAAAUUCAUCUAGCUUGGUACAGACAGAGUUUUGGAAAAGUGCCUCAGUUUCUUGCGAAACCGUACAGUAACAAUUUGGGCUACACGUUCGAUUCAGAAUUUGCAGAUAUCCGCUACAGUAUUACUGUAAAUGACCGUCAGUUUGAUCUCAACAUUAAUGAUACGAGAGAAGAGGACAGUGGAGAAUAUUUCUGUGGAGAAAUGGAGGGAAAUAUGAUACGGUUCACAGCUGGAACUCGUCUGGAAAUUGAAGACAAAGAAACCAAUCAUCAUCCAUCAACCAGGAAGUUGAAGACCACAGAAUCUGUUACAAUUCCAUCACGUUCAAACAGCAGCAAUGUAGUAGGUGAAGCCUGUAAUGAUAACAUUCACAUGUUCUUCUGGCUCUCCAUUUCAAGAGUCGGAGUUCUGCUCAUUAUGGUUAUUUCCUUUACGACAUUCUACAUCGUUUUAAAAUCAGGAUGUUGAACAUGAUUAGCAUCUCCAACUGUGUUUCCCACUGCAUGACUUUUAUUCUUGUUCUUCAAGUUGAUUAUUCUUGCUCUGCGAUUCUGUCUAAAUGUUUCGUAAAUCAACACAUGUAAUGUAUAAAUGUAUAUGAGGGAUAAACCAGGGCUAGGUGCUCCAGUUGGAGGUGAAGAACGGCCUGAGAUGAAGCAUUAAAAUAGUGGAUCAUCACCUUCCACCAUGUCACUUCCGAGCAUUGAUAAGUGUAAGUAACAAAUCACAGACUGCAUGCAGGAAUCAUGGUGUAGAUGAUUGGUAUAGCGGCUGGUUCACAAUAAUAACUUCUAAAUAUCUUUACUGGCACAAGUUUAGUAGAGGAAAUGUUUCUCUCACACUGAUCAGGUUCAUCCACAUUAUUCUGAGUGAAAUUUCACUGAUGGUCUUUAAACAGGAGUUUUAUCGCUAAAUCAUUCUCUCACAUCUGUUUUCUGAGUUUCGUGGUUUGAAUGUGUUUUUGUUGUCGAGUUACUACACAGUUUUAAACUUUCGCAUAUGUACCAGAACUGCAUUUCUGUUCUCAAUUCAUUAUUGUUCGUAGAUCGCUUUUAAAAAUGGACAUUGUCUCAAAGCAAGUUUUAUAAAGUGGUUGUAUAAAAGUUUUAAAUGUAUAAGUUUAUUAUCUAUAAGUUUGUCCCUUAUGAUUGUAAGUUUAUACCUAAUAAAUGAGCCAGUGGUGACUGUGGUAAAGGAAAAACUCCCUGAGAUGGCAUGAGAAAGAAACCUUGAGAGGAACCUCAUCCUCAACACUGAUUGUCCAUUCAUUACAGUUUAUCAGUGUUGAGGAGCUGCUCAGUGACAGGCACUUAAAUGCACUUAAAUGCAAAUGGAACUCUUAAUUGUUGUCUUAUGUAGCACCAGGGUUCUGGAGGAACGUUGUCUCAUUUCACUGUGUACUGCAUCAGAUAUAUUUGGUUGAAAUGACAA